CCCGCCCCGCCCUCCUGCCCUUCUGACCUCGCGGGCCGGACCUCCAAAUCGGGAUUUUUGAGGACACUGAAUGCUGUUUCUUUAAAGUGAUUAAAUCAGCCAAGACACCUUUUCAUUUCCUCUGAAAUCUGAAUGCCAAAUGAUCUGCUCCUUUUUUCAUCCUCCUCUAAUGUAUUCUGGAAGUUCCAGAGGUCUGUCCUUUUGGAUCCUGUGUCCUCACUGGUGAUGGUAAAUAAGCCUGUGCCUAGGAGAAAGAUCCUGGUUUGUUUUAAGAAGAGAAGCACAUUGCCAAAGAAUCCUGUUUCCCCUGAGCUGCUUCUUGAUCAAGCAGAGAAUGGUCACAGACAGAGAAAGAGAGGUAACUAUGGAGGUGAAAAAUGAGACAACAAUCCAGGAAUUCAUUCUGGAGGGGUUUCCUGCUGUCCGGCACCUAGGGAGCCUCCUCUUCCUGGUGCACCUGCUGGCAUACCUGGCCUCGAUGACAGGCAACAUGGUGAUAAUCAUCAUCACCUGGGUAGACCGUCGCCUCCAAACACCAAUGUAUAUUUUACUCAGUACUUUCUCCUUCUGUGAAUGCUGUUUCAUCACCACAGUGAUUCCUAAACUGCUGUCCAUCUUUCUUUCAGGAAGGCAAACAAUUCCCUUUACUGCUUGCCUCGUACAAGCCUUUCUCUUUUUAUUUCUUGGAGCAGUAAUUUUCUUUCUCAUGGCUGUGAUGUCCUUGGAUCGUUACCUGGCCAUUUGCAAGCCUCUGCACUAUCCAUCCAUCAUGAACUUGAGGGUUAGUUUCCUUCUGGUUUUCUUCUGCUAUACUUUGUCCUUCAUCUUCUUCACUUGUCUGAUGCUCAAGGUUUCCCAGUUAUGGUUCUGUGGCCCUAAUGUCAUUUCCCAUUUCUUCUGUGACCUUGGCUCUUUAAUUCAUCUCUCCUGUUCUGACACCAGAUCUGUUGAAAUAUACUUCUUCUUCCUUACCUCAUUUGUCCUUCUGCUAUCCCUCUUCAUAACCAUCAUUGUGUACAGCAACAUAAUAGUCACAGUCAUGGGACUCCCUUCAGCUAAGGAGCGACAGAAAGCUUUCUCCACCUGCUCAUCUCAUCUCAUUGUCCUCUUCCUGAUGUACGGCAGCUGUGUCUUUAUAUACCUGAAACCAAAGCAAACGAACAGGCUGGACUCCAAUAGAGAGGCUGCUCUUGUGAACACGGUGGUGACCCCGCUGCUGAACCCUGUCAUCUACACUCUACGGAACAAGCAGGUUCACCAGGCUCUGAGAGACACGGUGUCCAGGAAGAGGUUGCAAAAGUAGAGCUUUGGAGGGUAAACGGAUCUUCUUGGCCUUCCUAUAUCAGUUUCCCACUAUUGGAAAAAUCUACUCAAUAGAAACACUACAUCUGGUAAUAUAGCUUACGCUAACUUUCAGCUGGAUGGGUACUGUCUUAUUUUGCAGUUCAGUACCUACCUCUAUUUGAAAAUUUCAUUUGUUCUCUAUAUUGUGCUUAUGAUCCCUUCCUCUUGAUUUUCUACUUAUUUGUCUUGUGAGAAUUCAUUCAAACAACAUUUAUGGAGCACCUAUAAUCCCUAAGUCAUAGGAUACUAAGUCUUCAAGCUAAUAAUAAAAAUUCUGCAUAUCGGAUGUAAUAAAGACUGUUCAUGAUACAUUCUUAUGCUUGAAUUUUCUAGUACCUCAGAAAAAAGAUAGAAAACCGUAUUUGCCAUUAUGCAUUCAAAAAGGUUUGAAGUUACAAAACAAACUGUUUCUGAAAAUUAUGUGAAGUCAUAGUAUAAAAUAAUGGUGUUUCAUUAAUUGAAGCUGUUUAGGUAGAUGAAUCAGCUGUAUGCUCACUAGCUCUUCUUUGGGUCUACUGAUUUUAGUGUGUACAUAGCUCAGUGAAACUCCAGGUGGUUAAGAUGGGCUUUAUCAUCUUCUGGUUGUAUCAGGUGUUAUUAAUAAACUUUUAACUCUUUCUUGAAACAUAGACAAAAGCACAACUUUUUAACUUGUGCAUUUAUUUUUCUGUAAUGGAUGUUGCCAAGUCUUGGACCCAAUAGGUCACUCAAUGGUGAGUGAUCCCAGUAGCAAAGUCUCUCCUCCCAGGGAAGAGAUAUUGGCUCUUUUUGUGUGACCUUAGGUGUAUGAGCCACCUGUGUCUUCCAGGUUACGCUAAAUUCCAGUUGACAUUUUAUGUAGCAAAAACUGAUAGAACUCAUCAUUAGAAAAGUUUAAAAGGAAAAUGAGUGCACUAAUAACAAAAAGUGGAUUAAAAUUGAGUCAGUUAUUGUGUUUACAGGUUCACUGGGGAAGCGAUUCCCACCAGAAGACAACUGGUUAGUGGGGAGUAGGUCCUGUCACAUCUGACACCUCAUGUACAUAUUGUGCAUUUGAUUUUUAGUAUGUGAUUUGGAUGCAUAUUUUCCUUUUUUGCUCGUUCUGAGGAAUAAUUAUAUUUGAAGCAUAAUCUCAUUAGGAAGAAUUUUAGACUGUCAAAAGUGCUGGGUGAUUUAGAUGUUUAUGUUUGGGAAUGAUUUGAUUAUAAGGUGUUCUGGGGUUUGUGGUCUUCCAAGGACAGCUAUGUCUAUGUCUCUCCUUUCUCCAAAGUAGAAGUUAGACAGAUAAUUUUUGAACCUGGUCUAAAGGUAGGGAACUCUUGAGAGUUCUCCUUGUUGGCUUCUGUGUAUUAGAUAAAAGAGGCACCUCUGCCAAUCUCCUUGUGAACCAGACUAGUUGUCACCAAUCAGCCAAAAGGAGCCAAAGCUUUGUGCUCAUCCAAACUUCUUUGUUGUUUGUUAGUAUGCCCCAAGUGGCUAAAUUGUGUCAAGCCCUGUUAUUUCUGCCCUGAGAGAGGUAAGCUAGAAGCCCGUUCCUCUAGCAGCAGCUGGAAAAGUUGGGGUGCUAAAAGUGUUGUCCAGUUCCUUCUAUCUUCAGGGAGAAACUGAGAGCUGGCACGUUUGCCUGCUCACACUAAACUGACCCAAGGGGAAUAGCUGUGGGAAGUGCUUGAGUGGUCAUUUAUACUGGCUCUUGAUUUUAGUGUAUUGGUGAGACUAGCAAAUCCUGAGCCUUGUCAGUGACAAGAAAUAGGCGAGUUAGGAGCCUCUCCCUUGGGUUACAACCAUAUAAUUUGUGGUUGUGUGUGGUCAAAUCCUUAGCUUCUUAGACUGGGCGUUGGGGGUUCCCUCCUGCUUGUAAGGUUCUGUGUUGGGGAUGGGGUUCAUGAUGAGACUGUAUCUCAGCUUUUCCUACCCAUUUAGAUGUGGCCAUUUUCUCACUUGCGUGGUACUUAGGAGUCUCUCUUGGUUAUGGAUAUCUCCUAGUUAUGGCUAGUUUAUGGAUACCUUUGGAAGGGACUGUUCCACGUGUAGCUGUUUAUUAUGUGCCUCUGUGGGAAGAGAGAGAGUCAGAAUUCUCCUAUGGUGCUAUCUUGCUAACAUUCUUUUUCCACUUUUCAGCUAUUGCAAGUAAACCUUCUCUAAACUUUUGUGUGUCGAUUGUCCUAUGAACUUAAGAUUUUAUAUCUCUAGGUAAAUACCUACAAAU